AUGUCUUCUUCUCGCGGCGUGCGUUUCCAAUGGCCUCCAGCGCCAUGUGUGGAGGAGGAGCCAGCCUCACUCGCUCGAGAGCUACACGGCCUUUCCAUGCUCGGCGAAAAGCCCGGAGUGGAGGGUAUCUGCAGGAGGGGCACUGUUGAUCAAUACCCGGUCAUACUUGCUCCAGGUUCUCCUCUUCCGACUUCACCAAUUUUACCCAGCGCUUCAGCUACUCCUGGAUUGGAGAACAUUUCUUCCGAUGACAAUAGCACUGGUCUCCGUACCCCUUCCCCCCGGGCCCCAGAGCCAGUUGUUCGCAAUAGGGCUCCAUUAAAUGAACCUCUCAGGCCCCCUCCAUCGUCGGUCUCUAGCAGGUCUCAAGGCCGCGCGCCACAAACUCAUCAGCAGCCCCCUGCCUCAGGUCAACAGCCUCCCCGCCAGCCUCGUCCACAGUCCCCACCCCGGGAUCGUGAUCUUGACAGAGGGAAAGUAGGCUAUUUCCCUCAAAAUGAUAUCCGCGGGCCGCGUCCUGAGCAAGGUGUCCAAGAUCGUGGCUACGAUCUGACCAAUCUAUUCCCUCCCCAGGAAUCGAUUCGCCGGUCAAACAGCGUGCGGACGGGGAAUUCAACUGGCCAGAUGGCUCCAAGCCGGCAUUACUCGGAGCCAAACUCUGGAUAUCAAUCAGACUCGAGCACCACUCGCGGUAGACUAUCUUCCCACGUCACUUCGCCAGUGUCUACCCAAUCGCAAGUACAAGUCAGACGAUCUCCUGAUGCUCCCACGCUCUCGGAGAGGAUUGAAGAGAAACUUCGAUUGAGACACGAGCUUCGCGAGCUAGGAUCUGAUUCAGACACAGAAGCUCCCAGGCGAUCCAGGGCCAAAUCUAUCAGCCCGAAGAUUCUCCCAGUAGCUCCAGCGCCAAAAGUACAACUUGUUACUCGCGAGCCUUCUCGAGCUCCGAGUCAGCGGCGUCAAGAGCCCAAAGAGCUUCCACCAGCCACGCGAGGCAGGGCGACUUCGUUAAUCGCGCCUGCGCCGCCUGCCUUGCGGUCAUCGUCAAGGGCCCCCUCGGCCAUGGUUUCCAGGUCUAUGUCAUCGGAUGAGGCCCAAGCCAGCUCUAGCAGACCUCGUCGGGCCAACUCUGUCAGGUUUCAAGAUGACCUCCCACGGCACAGCGCACCUCCACCAGCACCAGCACCCGAACUAGCACCCGCACCAGCACCUAGCCAGAAAGCGAGUUCCCCACAGCGGUCAACAGGAGUAUGUGUGACUCCGUGCCCUCGCUCGAUCCCGGUAGCAGGUCUCCAGGACUGGUACACUCUGAAGGGCCUCACUCACUUGGAUAUAUGCCCCGCAUGCAUGAACCAAAUCGGGCACUCCCGCUUCCGCGAUUACUUCAUCCCAAGCCUACCAAAGCCAGCCACACAGAGAAUCCGCUGCGCCUUCGCCAACGCCUGGACCCGACUAGCCUGGAUGCAGAUGAUCAAAAAGCAACACCCCAGCCUGGAAAUGCUUUACCUGCUGACCCGUCCACCACCAGGAAUCAGCCCUUGCCCUGGCCGCACCGUAGUUGACCAAACCUGGUACCGCAUCGUCGACCCAGGCACAGGCAUGUAUGUGUCCGGCUUCCACAUCUGCAGCAGCUGCGCACGCAAUGUCCGCAUCCUCAUGCCUUCACAACGAGACACCUUCGAACAAAGUCCAGAGAUCCAAGAACGAAUGUGCGAUUUCGUGACCACCAGUCCGCGCUUCGUGCACUAUAUCGAUUUCCUGGACAAAGCCGCCGCCCAAACAGACCCCUCUCACUACCCGAAAAAUGACGACUUCCUCAACUACGUGCGCCGCAAGACCGUUCUCCGAGACUGUCGUCGUGACAGGCCCACCAAGGGCACAUGGCACUAUAUGCCCUCCCUUCCGGAACUGUGCGUCUGCGAAGACUGCUACGAUGAAGUGAUCUGGCCCCUCGCGAAAACGAACCACCCCAUCGCCAAAAGUUUCUUAACCACUACGCGUCUGUUACCCGGUGAUACACCGAAUCGGUGCCGCGAAGCGAGCUGUCAGCUCUAUUCGGUGCGGAUGAGGAUCAAGUUCCGGGACGCUGUUGUGAACGAUGAUUUCGCGGCCCUCAAAGCUGUUGCUUUGAGACGUUUUGAGGCGGAGACGAGAUUCACGGAUCGGAGGGAGGAGUUGUUAGAGGCUGAGGCGAGGGGGUAUGAUUGUAGCGCAGAGUUGAGGAAGGCUAUUGAGGAAUGGAGGAAGUGGGAGUGA